AUGGUGGAUCACAUUGUCAUCCUGGCUUUACCUGUCACCAAGGAACUCAACAAAUCCUUUGAGAACGUGGCUGGGCAGCUGAAGAUGCAGAUAGAGAUGGCGGCUGAGACCCAGAACUGCAAUGGCAGCUCCUGUGAAUCACUGUGCGAGCUCCGAGGCAGAUGGAGGGGAGAAACCAAAGAGACAAGAGGAGAAAGGACAGGCCAGGGCUGGGAGGCCGGGAUUCCUGCAGAUGAAGGAAGAGAUGAUGGACACAGCCUUCCUCUCAACAUGUGGUUCCUAGCCGGGAGCUCCGGGCAGCCAGCAAUGGGAGAGGACAGUGUGGGUAACACCAAAGGAGAUGGCACACACAGUGCCACCGGCAUUCUGGGUGUGGCAGCAAACUGCCAGAACGGGGGAACUCCCAACGGCACUGAGUGUAUCUGCCCACGGGGUUGGUCAGGCUACAACUGUGAGUGCUCAGACCCAGCCACGGCCUGCCAGCACGGAGGCACGGCCAUUGGUCGCCUCUGCUUCUGUCCCCCGGGCUACAGCGGGAAACGCUGCGACUGCAGGGACAGCUGCCAGGCCUGCCAGAAUGGGGGAACGCCCUCCCCCACCUCCACCCCCACCAGCGCCACCACCACCUCCCCCACCUCCACCCCCACCAGCACACCCACCACCUCCUCCACCUCCACCCCCACCAGCGCCACCACCACCUCCCCCACCUCCACCCCCACCAGCACAAUCACCACCUCCCCCACCUCCACCCCCACCAGCGCAACCACCACCUCCCCCACCUCCACCACCACCAGCACAAUCACCACCUCCCCCACCUCCACCCCCACCAGCGCAACCACCACCUCCUCCACCGCCACCCCAACCAGCACAACCACCACCUCCCCCACCGCCACCCCAACCAGCACAACCACCACCUCCCCCACCUCCACCCCCACCAGCACAACCACCACCUCCCCCACCUCCACCCCCACCAGAACAACCACCACCUCCCCCACCUCCACCCCCACCACCGCAACCACCACCUCCUCCACCUCCACCCCCACCAGCGCAACCACCACCUCCUCCACCGCCACCCCAACCAGCACAACCACCACCUCCCCCACCUCCACCCCCACCAGCGCAACCACCACCUCCCCCACCUACACCCACACCAGCACAACCACCAGCUCCUCCACCGCCACCCCAACCAGCACAACCACCACCUCCCCCACCUCCACCCCCACCAGCACAACCACCACCUCCCCCACCUCCACCCCCACCAGCGCAACCACCACCUCCCCCACCUACACCCACACCAGCGCAACCACCACCUCCUCCACCGCCACCCCAACCAGAACAACCACCACCUCCCCCACCUCCAUCCCCACCAGCACAACCACCACCUCCCCCACCUCCACCCCCACCAGAACAACGACCACCUCCUCCACUCCCACCCCCAGCAGCACAACCACCCCAUCCCCCACCUCCACCCCCACCAGCACACCCACCACCUCCUCCACCUCCACCCCCACCAGCGCCACCACCACCUCCCCCACCUCCACCCCCACCAGCACAAUCACCACCUCCCCCACCUCCACCCCCACCAGCGCAACCACCACCUCCCCCAACUCCACCCCCACCAGCGCAACCACCACCUCCCCCACCUCCACCCCCACCACCACAACCACCACCUCCCCCACCUCCACCCCCACCAGCGCCACCACCACCUCCCCCACCUCCACCCCCACCAGCACAAUCACCACCUCCCCCACCUCCACCCCCACCAGCACAACCACCACCUCCCCCACCUCCACCCCCACCAGCGCAACCACCACCUCCCCCACCUACACCCACACCAGCGCAACCACCACCUCCUCCACCGCCACCCCCAACCAGCACAACCACCACCUCCCCACCUCCACCCCCACCAGCACAACCACCACCUCCCCCACCUCCACCCCCACCAGCGCAACCACCACCUCCCCCACCUACACCCACACCAGCGCAACCACCACCUCCUCCACCGCCACCCCAACCAGCACAACCACCACCUCCCCCACCUCCACCCCCACCAGCACAACCACCACCUCCCCCACCUACACCCACACCAGCGCAACCACCACCUCCUCCACCGCCACCCCAACCAGAACAACCACCACCUCCCCCACCUCCAUCCCCACCAGCACAACCACCACCUCCCCCACCUCCACCCCCACCAGCGCCACCACCACCUCCCCCACCUCCACCCCCACCAGAACAACGACCACCUCCUCCACUCCCACCCCCAGCAGCACAACCACCCCAUCCCCCACCUCCACCCCCACCAGCACACCCACCACCUCCCCCACCUCCACCCCCACCAGCGCCACCACCACCUCCCCCACCUCCACCCCCACCAGCACAAUCACCACCUCCCCCACCUCCACCCCCACCAGCGCAACCACCACCUCCCCCACCUCCACCCCCACGAGCACAACCACCACCUCCCCCACCUCCACCCCCACCAGCACAAUCACCACCUCCCCCACCUCCACCCCCACCAGCGCAACCACCACCUCCCCCACCUCCACCCCCACCAGCACAACCACCACCUCCCCCACCCCCACCCCCACCAGCGCCACCACCACCUCCUCCACCUCCACCCACACCAGCGCAACCACCACCUCCCCCACCUCCACCCCCACCAGCACAACCACCACCUCCUCCACCUCGACCCCCACCAGCACAACCACCACCUCCUCCACCUCCACCCCCACCAGCACAACAACCACCUCCCCCACCUCCACCCCAACCAGCGCAACCACCACCUCCCCCACCUCCACCCCCACCAGCACAACGACCACCUCCCCCACCUCCACCCCAACCAGCGCAACCACCACCUCCCCCACCUCCACCCCACCACACACCACCACCUCCACCUCCACCCCCACCAGCACAACCACCACCUCCCCCACCUCCACCCCCACCAGCGCCACCACCACCUCCCCCACCUCCACUCCCACCAGCACAACCACCACCUCCCCCACCUCCACCCCCACCAGCACAACGACCACCUCCCCCACCUCCACCCCCACCAGCACAACGACCACCUCCCCCACCUCCACCCCCACCAGCGCAACCACCACCUCCCCCACCUCCACCCCCACCACCACAACGACCACCUCCCCCACCUCCACCCCCACCAGCGCAACCACCACCUCCCCCACCUCCACCCCCACCAGCGCAACCACCACCUCCCCCACCUCGACCCCCACCAGCGCAACAACCACCUCCCCCACCUCCACCCCCACCAGCGCAACCACCACCUCCCCCACCUCCACCCCCACCACCGCAACCACCAACUCCCCCACCUCCACCCCCACCAGCACAACGACCACCUCCUCCACCUCCACCCCCACCAGCACAAUCACCACCUCACCCACCUCCACUCCCACCAGCGCCACCACCACCUCCUCCACCUCCACCCCCACCAGAACAACGACCACCUCCCCCACCUCCACCCCCACCAGCACAACGACCACCUCCCCCACCUCCACCCCCACCAGCGCAACCACCACCUCCCCCACCUCCACCCCCACCAGCGCCACCACCACCUCCCCCACCUCCACCCCCACCAGCACAACGACCUCCCCCACCUCCACCCCCACCAGCACAACCACCACCUCCUCCACCUCCACCCCAACCAGCACAACCACCACCUCCCCCACCUCCACCCCCACCAGCACAACCACCACCUCCUCCACCUCCACCCCCACCAGCACCACCACCACCUCCUCCACCUCCACCCCCACCAGCACCACCACCACCUCCUCCACCUCCACCCCCACCAGCGCCACCACCACCUCCCCCACCUCCACCCCCACCAGCGCAACCACCACCUCCCCGACCUCCACCCCCACCAGCGCCACCACCACCUCCCCCACCUCCACCCCAACCAGCACAACCACCACCUCCCCCACCUCCACCCCCACCAGCACAACCACCACCUCCUCCACCUCCACCCCCACCAGCGCAACGACCACCUCCCCCACCUCCACCCCCACCAGCGCCACCACCACCUCCCCCACCUCCACCCCCAUCAGCACAACCACCACCUCCCCUACCUCCACCCCCACCAGCACAACCACCACCUCCCCCACCUCCACCCCCACCAGCACCACCACCACCUCCUCCACCUCCACCCCCACCAGCACAACCACCACCUCCUCCACCUCCACCCCCACCAGCACCACCACCACCUCCCCCACUUCCACCCCCACCAGCGUCACCACCACCUCCCCCACCUCCACCCCCACCAGCACACCCACCACCUCCCCCACCUCCACCCCCACCAGCACAACCACCACCUCCUCCACCUCCAGCCCCACAAGUACAACCACCACCUCCUCCACCCCCACCCCCACCAGCGCCACCACCACCUCCUCCACCUCUACCCCCACCAGCACAACCACCACCUCGUCCACCUCCACCCCCACCAGCACAACCACCACCUCCCCCACCUCCACCCCCACCAGCGCCACCACCACCUCCUCCACCUCCACCCCCAGCAGCACAACCACCACCUCCCGCACCUCCACCCCCACCAGCACAACCACCACCUCCUCCACUUCCACCCCCACCAGCACAACGACCACCUCCCCCACCUCCACCCCCACCAGCACAACCACCACCUCCCCCACCUCCACCCCCACCAGCGUCACCACCAGCUCCCCCACCUCCACCCCCACCAGCGUCACCACCACCUCCCCCACCUCCACCCCCACCAGCGUCACCACCACCUCCCACACCUCCACCCCCACCAGCACAACCACCACCUCCUCCACUCCCACCCCCACCAGCGCAACCACCACCUCCCCCACCUCCACCCCAACCAGCACAACCACCACCUCCCCCACCUCCACCCCCACCAGCACAACCACCACCUCCUCCACCUCCACCCCAACCAGCACAACCACCACCUCCUCCACCUCCACCCCCACCAGCGCCACCACCACCUCCCCCACCUCCACCCCCACCAGCACAACCACCACCUCCCCCACCUUCACCCCCACCAGCACAACCACCACCUCCUCCACCUCCACCCCAACCAGCACAACCACCACCUCCCCCACCUCCACCCCCACGAGCACAACCACCACCUCCCCCACCUCCACCCCCACCAGCACAACCACCACCUCCCCCACCUCCACCCCCACCAGCACAACCACCACCUCCCCCACCUCCACCCCCACGAGCACAACCACCACCUCCCCCACCUCCACCCCCACCAGCACCACCACCACCUCCUCCACCUCCACCCCAACCAGCACAACCACCACCUCCCCCACCUCCACCCCCACGAGCACAACCACCACCUCCCCCACCUCCACCCCCACCAGCACAACCACCACCUCCCCUACCUCCACCCCCACGAGCACAACCACCACCUCCUCCACCUCCACCCCCACCAGCACAACCACCACCUCCUCCUCCUCCACCCCCACCAGCAAAACCACCACCUCCUCCACCUCCACCCCUACCAGCACAACCACCACCUCCCCCACCUCCACCCCUACCAGCACAACCACCACCUCCCCCACCUCCACCCCCACCAGCACAACCACCACCUCUUCCACCUCCACCCCCACCAGUGCAGCCACCACCUCCUCCACCUCCACCCCCACCAGCACAAGCACCACCUCCCCCACCUCCACCCCCACCAGCACAACCACCACCUCCCACACCUCCACCCCCACCAGCGCCACCACCACCUCCCCCACCUCCACCCCAACCAGCACAACCACCACCUCCCCCACCUCCACCCCCACCAGCACAACCACCACCUCCCCCACCUCCACCCCCACCAGCACAACCACCACCUCUUCCACCUCCACCCCCACCAGUGCAGCCACCACCUCCUCCACCUCCACCCCCACCAGCACAAGCACCACCUCCCCCACCUCCACCCCCACCAGCACAAGCACCACCUCCUCCUCCUCCACCCCCACCAGCACAACCACCACCUCCUCCACCUCCACCGCCACCAGCGCCACCACCACCUCCUCCACCUCCACCACCACCAGCGCCACCACCACCUCCUCCACCUCCACCCCCACCAGCACAACCACCACCUCCACCGGAACAACUACCCCCCCUAUCUGCAUUGUUACCAUCCCAUCCACUACCCCAAUCAGUACGUGUCCUGUCACUUCUACCUGUUUCGUCCCAACUACGUGCGUCGUUCCUACUCAGGACUGGAGUACUCCAAACUGGAGCAGCACCACCCCAGUUUCCUGCCAGAAUGGUGGCACAUACAAUGGGAUCGAGUGCAUCUGCCGCCCUGGUUUCUCCGGCCCUGUGUGCGCCUCCCAUGAUGUCAGCAAGGCCUGCCAGAAUGGCAGCACUCCCAUCGGUACCAAAUGCAUCUGCCCACCGGGUUACUACGGUGACCUGUGUGAAUCCUACAAUGCCUCCGAGGACUGCCAGAACGGGGGUACUCCAGUGGGAAUUGAGUGCCUCUGCCCACCUGCGCACUACGGCUCCCGGUGUGAAUUGAAUAGCAGCACCACCGGCUCCAGCACUACCAGGUCCCCUACCACCUCACCUGUCACCAACUCCUCCAGCACUGUGUCCCCUCCCACCACAUCUCAGAAUACCACCACGCCACGUACCACCACAACCACCACAUCCCAGAAAACCACCACGUCCCAGAAUACCACCACAACCACCGCAUCCCAGAAAACCACAACCACCAUGCCACCUAGCACCACAACCACCACCCAAAGUACCACCACCACCACGCGAAGUACAACUACGCAGGAUGUCACCCCCACCUGUGAGAAUGGGGGAAUCUGGAUGAAUGGUGGAUGCCAAUGCACAUCCAGUUUCCAGGGACCAAAGUGCCAAUACGCCGCAGAAGUCAUUGAGGUCAAAGCCGGUAAUGAAAACCUGUGUAAACUGAUCCUUGUGUCUGGAGCCUAG